AUGGGUACCCAGAUUCAGGAACGAGAUCUCGGUCCGGAUGAUUUCGGAGGGGAUGAUUACGAGGGCUGCAACGAGUACCUGAACAUCACCAGGCCCGACGUGAUUGCCGACAUCCACCGCAGGUAUCUGGAAGCCGGCGCGGACAUUAUCGAGACCAACACCUUCGGCGCUACAAGCGUUGUGUUGGCGGAAUAUGACCUGGCGGAACACGCACGCCGCAUCAACCGGGAAGCCGUACAGAUCGCACGUGCCGUGGUUGAAGAAUUCGGGUCCGCGCAGCCGGAACAGCCGCGAUUCGUGGCGGGAGCCAUGGGGCCGACGACGCGUACGAUUUCGGUAACCGGCGGGCUGACCUUUGAUGAACUGGCUGCUGACUACCACCAACAGGCGGCGGGAUUAAUCGAAGGCGGCGCCGACUUUCUCCUUCUGGAAACCAGUCAGGACACCACUAACGUCAAGGCGGGACUGGAAGGCAUCGACAGGGCGUUCGCGGAGUUGGGCCUGGAGUUACCUGUGGCCGUGCAAGGCACGAUAGAGCCCAUGGGCACAUUGCUGGCGGGGCAGGACGCCGAGGCGUUUUACACGUCGUUGGCGCAUCGCGAUCUGCUGUGGGUGGGGUUCAACUGCGCCACCGGGCCGGAGUUUAUGACCGACCACGUGCGGACGUUGUCAGGUUUGUCUCGGGGGAACGUGGCGUGCGUACCGAAUGCGGGCCUGCCGGACGAAGACGGGAACUACAACGAGACUCCGGAGAUGGUUGCGGCCACGCUGAUGCGGUUCGCGGACAAUGGCUGGCUGAACGUGGCGGGUGGGUGCUGUGGCACCGGUCCCGAACAUAUACGGCAAAUUGCGGAAGGGAUGCGCGGCAAAUCACCCAGGAUUGGAAACCCCGAAAUCGAGACCAGGGUGUCGGGCAUUGAAGCGGUAGUGGUGAACGAAGACACCCGUCCAACGAUCGUUGGGGAGCGGACGAAUGUGCUGGGGAGCCGUCGGUUUAAACGGCUGAUCAGCGGCGAACGGUUUGAAGAGGCGGCGGAAGUCGGCCGUCGACAGAUCCGCAACGGCGCUCACGUGUUGGACGUUUGCCUGCAGGAUCCGGAUCGGGACGAAACCGAGGACGUGAUCAGGGAAAAAUCGAUCAUCAAUUCCAUCAACCUGGAAGACGGGGAAGAGCGGUUUCAGACAGUGGUGCCGCUGGCCCGUCGUUACGGGGCGGCGCUGGUGGUUGGGUGCAUCGACGACGACCCAAAUCAGGCACAGGCCGUCACCAGGGAACGCAAACUGGAGAUUGCCCAGCGUUCACAUCGCUUGCUGACCGAAAAAUACGGUGUGCCCGAAGAGGACAUCAUCUUCGAUCCCCUGGUAUUUCCGGCGGGAACGGGUGAUGUCAACUACGUGGGUUCCGCUGCCGAAACCAUCGAAGGCCUGAAACUUAUCAAGGAAGCGCUGCCGGUCACCAAAACAAUUCUGGGCAUUUCCAACGUGUCGUUCGGGCUGCCGGCCGCCGGCCGUGAGGUGUUCAACUCGGUUUUCCUGUACCACUGCACGCAAGCCGGGCUGGACAUGGCGAUCGUGAACUCGGAGUUAUUGCAGCGUUAUACCACGAUACCCGAAGAAGAGCGCCGGCUGUCUGAGGACCUGAUAUGGAAUCGGGGCGACGAUCCGGUGGCGGCGUUUGCGGCGCAUUUCCGCGACCGGGCUCCGCGAUCAACGGUUGAAGAGCGAUCGGCGUUACCGCUGGACGAGCGUUUGUCUAAAUGCAUCAUCGAGGGUAGCAAGGAAGGCUUGGCGAAUGACCUUGACCUGGCGAUGAAGGACCGUGAGCCUUUGGACAUCAUCAACGGGCCGUUAAUGGCGGGGAUGGAUGAGGUUGGGAGACAGUUCAACGCCAAUGAGUUGAUAGUUGCAGAAGUUCUGCAAAGCGCCGAGGCGAUGAAAUUCGCGGUUUCGCAUCUGGAACCCCACAUGGAGCGCGCGGAUGCCGCCUCCCGCGGGAGGGUGUUGCUGGCAACGGUGAAGGGAGAUGUCCACGACAUCGGGAAAAACCUGGUGGAGAUUAUCCUGUCCAACAACGGUUAUCGCGUGGUGAACCUGGGCAUCAAGGUGGCGCCGCAAGAUUUGAUAGCCGGAUGCCGGGAGCACAAUCCGGAUAUAGUGGGAUUGUCGGGAUUGCUGGUGAAGUCGGCGCAGAUGAUGGUUGAAACGGUGCGGGAUUUUCGCGCGGCCAACAUCCGGGCGCCGGUGUUGGUGGGCGGCGCCGCAUUGUCAAACCGGUUCACGCGGCUGCGGAUCGCGCCGGAAUAUGAUGGACUGGUGGCCUACGCUCAGGACGCGAUGACCGGGCUGGCGCUUGCAAACGUGAUACAGGAUGCUGAUGAGCGCGAACGUCUGGCGGCCAGGCUGGCCAUAGAAACGGAAGAAUUGCAGGCGGCAACGGCCGCCAGGAGCUAA